AUGCAAUUCUCAGCUGUCACUCUUCUCAUUACCAGCCUCAUGGCAAACGGUUUGAUGGCUAGUCCUUUUGCCGCGGGUGACCUUGUUGAGCUGAACGUUGAGCAACGCGAAGGUGGCUCCAUCGUCCAGUACGGACAAAGCAAGAGGUCCAUGGCGCCGCGAGCGGAUUGCGGAGGAUGGUUCCAGGCAGAAUGUCCCAAGAUUUGCAGAGAGACCGACAUCAACUCGCCCGAAUGUGACACCAAAAAUGGCGGAACCAAUACGGUCUGCGAUAGCCUUGUUAAUGACCUUUACGGAAAUAGAGAGACUGUACUACAGGACAAGGCUCAACAGAUCUGCUGGAAGAACGAGGAUGGAAACACUGGAUGCUGCAUCAAGUGGACGAAAACGGUGACGGGCAUCACCAAGGGAGACUUGAUCGAGCGAGCCGAUAAGAUCAAGUCAACGUGCGACGCCAACGGUAUUUCAGGAAAAUACAACACCGUCAACAUCCGCGACGUCUGCUUGUCCUAUUGUAUGUCCUCUGGUGCCGGAUGCAAGGACGAGUCCGACUUUUCAUGA